AGAAAUUAAUAGGUUAUUAUAUCUAUGAUUCCAUCGAACAUAAAGAAACAAAAAUAUUUCUGAUUUUGUUCGAUAUUUUCCCGCUUUCUUGCAAAUGAAUACUACGAAAAAGUGAAAAACGCAGAUAAUCAAGUUAGGAUACCUGCUAGAUAGCAGAAUUACUGAUGCUGGAUGGAUCUCAAAGAUUUCCGGUUUAAAAAAAUGCCCAAGUUAAGAAGCAGAAAGAGUCCGAAGACUGUAGAACAAUCACCACUUAAAAACGAAAUAAACUGCUCUACUCCGAAUUCAAAUGAAGAACAUGAAGUUAAACCUAGUGCCUGUAUAAUUAAAUCAGAACCACUAGGCGAUUUACAACAGGAUAGUGAUUCAGUAACAUUUAAAAAUAAAGUAGACAUCAAAAUUCCUGAAGUGAAAAUUGAAACAACGGAUAUUGAAGAUUUGGGACAAUAUCCCGAUUCUAAAAUGAAACUACAAAGAGUACCUCUUCACUGGGAGGAUGUUCUGAAAAAUCUGAGGGAAAUGCGUAAAAAAUUUGACGCUCCUGUGGAUACCAUGGGAUGCGAUAAAUGUCACGAUGAUUCUGCUAAUCCAGAAGUACAAAGAUAUCAACAGUUACUCUCACUUAUGCUGAGUAGUCAAACUAAGGAUCAAGUUACUUUUGCUGCUAUGGAAAAAUUACGGCAACAUGGGUGUACCAUUGAGAAUAUACUUCAAACUUCCGAUGAAAAUUUGGGCAAAUUGAUUUAUCCUGUUGGAUUCUGGAAGAGUAAAGUGAAAUAUAUAAAGAAGACGACAUUAAUGUUGAAAGAACAAUAUAAUAGUGAUAUACCAAAUACUGUGAAGGAACUAUGUAAAUUACCUGGUGUGGGACCAAAAAUGGCUCAUAUAUGUAUGAAAACCGCAUGGGGAGAAGUCACUGGGAUAGGAGUGGAUACUCAUGUUCACAGAAUUUCCAACAGACUAGGCUGGGUUAACUCAAAGACUCCAGAAGAAACAAGGAAGGCGUUAGAAAAUUGGAUGCCGCAGGAGCUCUGGAGUGAAGUGAACCACCUAUUAGUAGGUUUUGGCCAACAGAUAUGUAAACCUGUUAAGCCUCAAUGUCCUACCUGCCUCAAUUAUACAAUAUGCCCAUAUGGCACUAAGUAUGUGGCUGAUGAAAUAAAACCUUCAAAAUCACCAAGGAAGAAAGUGAAGACAUGAAUUAAUGUCAAGUAAAACAUCAAUUUUUUAUUUUAUGUUUUGUGAUUUUUUCUCUAUUGUAGAUA